UAGGACUCCACGUCUCUGGCCCUCACCUCUGUCCCUCCGUUCAGACCUCUGGGGUGAUGGAGAAGAAACAGGCUGUGCUGUGUCCCUGAUGGGAAGCAUGGCUGAGACAGGGGAGUGAGAAGGGCUCCUUGCAGAAUGGUGCCUGUGGCAUGAUGCCAGCUUUGCAAUCAUGAGAUUCAAAAGACACACUAUGGAAUUGAGGAGGCCCCGCAGCGACAUGGACGGAGCUGCUUUGCUGAGAGUCUUUGUCCUCUACAUCUGGACGAGUGCACUUUUCCUUGGUGUGGGAGUGAGGGCAGAGGAAGCUGGAGUGAGGGUGCAACAGAACGUUCCAAGUGGGACAGUGACAGAUACUGGAAAUCCUCAAGGUAAGCCCCUCGGUGACUAUGCUGCUGGCAGCAUGGACCCAGAGAGCAGCAUCUUUAUUGAGGAUGCCAUUAAGUAUUUCCAGGAAAAAGUGAGCACACAGAAUCUGCUACUCCUGCUGACUGAUGAUGAGGCCUGGAACGGAUUCGUGGCUGCUGCUGAACUAACCAGGGAUGAGGCAGAUGAGUUCCACAAAGCUCUGAACAAGCUUGCAAGACACGUAAUCAUGAAGGACAAAAACUGGCAUGAUAAAGACCAGCAGCACAGGAAGUGGUUUUUGAAAGAGUUUCCUCACUUGAAAAGGGAGCUUCAGGAUCACAUAAUAAGGCUCCAUGUCCUUGCAGACGGGGUUGAGCAGGUCCACAGAGGCACCACCAUCACCAACGUGGUGUCCAGCACUGCCGGUGUUAUCUCUGACAUCUUGACCCUCAUCGGCAUCGGUCUGGCACCCUUCACAGAAGGAAUCAGUCUUGGGCUCUCGGAAACUGGGAUGGGGAUGGGAAUAGCGGCCGCUGUGACCGGGAUUGCCAGCAAUGCUGUGGAACAAGCAAAGAAAUUGUGGGCACAAGCCCAAGCUGGCAACUUAGACCAAAGAGAAUCUGACGUAGCUAAGGUAAUAAAGGAAUUUAUGGGUGAGAACACACCCAACUUUCUUUCCUUAAUUGACAAUUCUUACCAAGUCAUACAAGGCAUUGGGAAGGACAUCCGUGCCAUCAGACAAGCUAGAUCCAACUCUCAAUUGGAACCAUCUGCCACACCCCUUGAGAUCAUUGGGCAAAUCUCAGCUGAAAGCGAUGAAGAAGUGGGGAGAGUUACUGAAAGCCCCACCCUGGAAAUGAGCAGAGGAACCAAGAUUGUGGGUGUGGCCACUGGAGGCAUCUUGCUUGUGCUGGACGUGGUCAGCCUUGUGUAUGAGUCAAAGCACUUGCAUGAGGGGGCAAAGUCAGAGUCAGCUGAGGAGCUGAAGAAGCAAGCUCAGGAGCUGGAGGGGAAGCUCAACAUUCUCACCAAGAUCCAUGAGAUUCUACAGGCGGACCAAGAACUGUGACCCCAGAGCAGGGCAGCCACCAGGGGAAGUGUGCCAGGCACAGGCCAGGACAAAAUGCAAACUUUUUUUUUUUUUGAGAUGGAGUCUCACUCUGUCGCCAGGCUGGAGUACAGUGGUACGAUCUCGGCUCACUGCAACCUCCGCCUCCCAGGUUCAAGCCAUUCUCCUGCCUCAGCCUCCUGAGUAGCUGGGAUUACAGGUGAGCAACACCACACCCAGCUAAUGUUUGUAUUUUUAGUAGAGAUGGGGUUUCACCAUGUUGGCCAGGAUGGUCUCGAUCUCUUGACCUCAUGAUCCGCCCUCCUCGGCCUCUCAAAGUGUUGGGAUUACAGGCGUUAGCCACCACGCCGGCCAAAAUACAAACAUUGUAUUAGGUGGAUAAACAGGGUGAGGUAAAGUUUAUGGAACUGAGUGUUAGGGACUUUGGCAUGUCUGUAGCUGAGCACAGCAGGGGAGGGGUUAAUGCGGAUGGCAAGUGCGCCAAGGAGAAGGCAGGAAUGCUGGGGCCUGGAAUAAGGGAAGAGAGGGGACUGGAGAGUGUGGGGAAUGGGAAGAAGCAGUUUACUUUAGACUAAAGAAUAUAUUGGGGGAGGAAUAGAGGGAGACGUGCAGGAGCCAGCAAUGAGAAGGCCAGGAAAAGAAAGAGCUGAAAAUGCAGAAAACCAAAGAGUUAGAACUGUUGGAUACAGGAGAAGAAAGACUGGCUCCACUAUCGACCUGCCCCAAGAUUUGAUGUCCUUCCAAGAAUGAAGUUUUUCCCUGAUGAUGGUCUCUCACUCUGUCUUUCCAGCAUCCACUCUCACUUGUCCUUGUGGGGGCGUGUCUCAGUCAGCCAGUGGCUUCUUGAUGAUGGUGGUUGGGGUGGUUGUCGUGUGACGGGUCCCCUCCAGGUUACUAAAUGGUGUAAGUCCCCUGCUUGAACCCUGAAAGGCAGGUGGUGGGCCAUGGCCAUGGUCCCCAGCUGAGGAGCAGGUGUCCCUGAGAACCCAAACUUCCCAGAGAGUAUCUGAGAACCAACCAAUGAAAAUAGUCCCAUCGCUCUCACCUGGUAAGUAAACAGUCAGAAAAUUAGCAUGAAAGCAGUUUAGCAUUGGGAGGCAGCGCAGAUCUCUAGAGCUGUCCUGAGGCCGCCCAGGAGUGCCCUGUGUGUAAGUCCUAAUAAACUCACCUACUCACCAA